ACUCACUUUUCGCGCCGGCCGGGGAGGUGGGUCCCAGCCAUGGCUGCUGCGAACCCUUGGGAUCCCGCGUCCGCGCCGAGUGCCGCCGGGCUGCUGCUGGACCAUUUUGUAGCUUCGGGGAUGGUCACUCAGGAGAUGUUAAAUAUAUCCAAGAAAUCAGCUUCUUACUUUGCGAACUUCUCUAGACUACAGCAGAUCACAGAUAUUCAAGCUGAAAUCUACCAGAAAAACCUGGAAAUUGAACUUUUAAGACUAGAAAAAGAUACAGCAGAUGUUGUUCAUCCUUCCUUUUUGGCUCAGAAGUGUCAUACUCUGCAAAGCAUGAAUAAUCAUUUGGAAGCAGUGCUAAAAGAGAAGAGGUCCCUCAGGCAAAGACUGUUGAAACCCAUGUGCCAGGAAAACUUGCCUGUUGAAGCUGUUUAUCACAGCGACAUGGUACAUUUGCUGGAAUUGGCAGUAACUUUCAUUGAAAGAUUAGAAAACCAUCUUGAAACAAUUAAAACUAUCCCACAUUUAGAUGAAAAUCUAAAGAAAAUGAGCAUGGCAUUAGCAAAAAUGGAUAUGUUGGUGACUGAAACAGAAGAACUGGCAGAGAAUAUACUCAAGUGGCGAGAACAACAAAAGGAAGUUUCUUCUUGUAUCCCCAAAAUACUAGCAGAAGAAAAUUAUCUUCAUAAACAUGAUGUUAUAAUGCCUUCUUUACCUUUUGCUUCUGAAGUUCAUGUCCAAACUGUUAAUGCCAAGUGAUUGUCAACUGUUAGUUUUUGCCUAAUUAUAUGUAGUCAUGUGAAGUCUAUUUCUAGCCAGUUGUAAUACGGGCAUUUAGAGGCUCUGCUGCUAUUGAAGUACUAAGAUUUCAAGUUCACUGAGACCAAAUUGAGUUUUCCUUUGUUUUUCAUAUAUUUUCAUUCUUUGCAGUAAAACUCUUGAAAAUCAAAUACAGCUAUGACAGUUUAUUAACAUGAAUGCAUUAGCCAUAUCUCAGACAGCAGACAUAAUAGUCUUUUUAAAUGCUUGUUUCUGAAUUAGAAGAGUCUUCUUGCAAGUGAAAGUAUGUUGAUUUUUCCUGUGGGAUAGUUACUAAGUGUAUAGAAAAGAGCAAACAUAACAGGCCUGACUGCUAUCCUUUGAAAGGCUUGCUUACAAAGUUGGUCCUUGCCUGGCUUCUAGGAAUUUAGAUUUCAACAGGGUUCCUUCUGCUAUUACUGAUGAAUUGCUCACUAUGCCUGAAGUGUUUGUAUAAUCUGGUUUGUGCUGAACACCUUUCCUUCUGGGAGUCUAGAAUUUUGGUACAUGUUAAACAGAAGAUACCUAUGUGGCUAGCCCAUGAUAAUAACCCUGGGCACUGCAUUUCUAAUGAGCUUUCAUGAAAGACAUUUCACACAUGUUACACCUUAGUUGCUGUGAGAAUUAAGCAUAUCCUGUGUGACUUCACUAGCAGAGGACUCUGGAAGCUUGUGCUUGGAUUCCCCUGGACUUUGUCCCUUGCACCUUUUCCUUUGCUCUUACUCUGUAUGCUUUUGUUGUAAUAAAUCAUAGUCAUGGAUACAGUGA